UUGAUCUUUAUCUAAUUUAAAUUAGAUCAUCGUUCCCUGCGGUGGACAGGUAGGUUCGAACGUACGUGGGGGACGGCUACACCAGUCUUUUAUGGUGGCAGCCGAUUCAAGCCGUACGGACUUUUGAGUGGAUAAAUAAAGUGUCGUAAUAGCAAACAAUCUUAAGCCAUAGGUGUCCGUGAAUUACAGCGAAAUUCACUAUUGCUUCCCUUUCAUUUAUACGGCGGACAUUUUCCGGCAAGUAGCAUUCUCUUACCGAUGCUGCAGGUAUCAGAUUAAAUGAUGGGGCUGCUAUCCAAUAAUUUCUGUCAUGGAAAGUAUCACAGAGUUAUGCUUAGUGUCCCAUGGAGUGAAACUAUCAGAAAUGGAGGAGCUACUGAAGAGUGAAGUCAUGUCGUCAAUAUCUGCUUCUACCGUUCUGCCUCUACACUCAAACACCAAGCAAACUAAUGGUCUGCAGCCGGAAAGACUGGCAUUGCUCAUAAACAAAAGCAAAUCCAUCAAGCAACUGAGGCAAAUUCAUGCAUUUGUCAUCCGUCAUGGUCUGGAAAGCCAUCCAGUCUUAAAUUUCAAGCUCCUGCGCUCAUAUUGUUCUCUGGGUAAUCUUGGACAUUCUGUGUCCCUCUUUAAUCGCACCCAAAAGCCUAGUGUUUACGUUUACACUGCCAUUAUCCAUGGCCAUGCUGUAAAUGAUCUCCACGAGCAAGCUUUUCUUUUCUAUGUGCAAAUGUUAUCUGAAGACGUGGAACCUAAUGCAUUUACAUUGUCCACUGUCCUCAAAGCUUGCCAGUUGGAAUCUGGGAAAUCCCUCCAUUGCCAAGUGCUUAAACUUGGCCUGGAGUCUGAUACUUACGUCAGAACUGCUCUCAUGGAUGUUUAUACAAAAGGUGGGGAUAUUAUCUCAGCUCGUAAACUUUUUGACACAAUGCCUGAGCAUAAUUUGGUUUCCUUAACUGCAAUGAUAACCGGGUACACAAAGAAUGGGCUUUUGGAUGAGGCGAGAAUAUUGUUUGAUGGAAUGGAGGAGAGGGAUGUUGUGUCUUGGAAUGUGAUGAUCGAUGGGUAUGCUCAGAAUGGAAGACCUAAUGAUGCUUUGAUUCUCUUUAGGCAGAUGUUGCAGGCAAAGCUGAAGCCUAAUGAGGCAACUCUGCUGGCAGUUCUUUCUGCUUGUGGGCAGGUGGGAGCAUUGGAGUCUGGCCGGUGGAUUCAUUCUUACAUACAGUAUAAUGGGAUUCCAGUAGAUGCUCGGAUGGGUAGUGCUUUGGUUGAUAUGUAUUGCAAAUGUGGAAGUUUGGAGGGUGCAAGGAUGGUGUUUGAUGGGAUCAAGGACAAGGAUGCUGUUGCAUUUAAUUCAAUGAUUGUAGGGUAUGCAAGUCAUGGAUUUAGUCAAGAAGCUAUGGAAAUGUUCAACAACAUGCGUGGCAUUGGCCUCCUCCCUACUGAGAUAACAUUUAUUGGAAUUUUGAAUGCUUGUGCACAUGCUGGAUUGGUUUCUGAAGGAUGGGGUGUAUUUAAUUCAAUGAAAGAUCUAUACGGGAUUCAGCCCAAGGUUGAACAUUACGGGUGUAUGGUCAAUCUUCUAGGACGAGCAGGGCAGUUAGAAGAAGCUUACAAGCUUGUCAAUAGCAUGAACAAUGAUGCUGACCCAGUUUUAUGGGGAACAUUGCUAGGUGCAUGUACACUUCAUAGGAAGAUCCACAUGGGAGAGAAAAUUGUCGAAUUCCUCAUAGAACGUGGCCUUGCAAAUUCUGGAACUUAUGUUCUUCUUUCGAAUUUAUAUGCUUCAGUAGGCAAUUGGGAUGGGGUGGCAAGAGUGAGGGGUAUGAUGAAGCAAAGUGGGGUUCUCAAGGAGCCUGGUUGUAGCUCAAUAGAGGUUAAUAAUAAAGUACACGAGUUUCUUGCUGGUGACUUGAAACAUCCAAAAUGUAAAGAAAUUUAUGAGAUGCUGAAGGAGAUAAAUGGAUGGCUUAAGGCUCAUGGUUACUUACCACAGACAGAAAUAGUGCUACACGACAUUGGAGAUUCGGACAAAGAGAAAUCAUUAGAGUUUCACAGUGAAAGGCUUGCUAUUGCUUUUGGUCUUAUUAGCACUCAACCGGGAUCUACAAUCAAGAUUGUCAAGAACCUUCGAGUGUGUCCAGAUUGUCAUUCUGUUACUAAGCUUAUAUCCAAAAUCACAGGUCGAAAAAUCGUUGUAAGAGAUCGCAACCGAUUUCACCACUUCGUGGAUGGCUCAUGUUCUUGUGGUGAUUACUGGUGAGCAAAAUCAACAUAGAUUGUCGAAGCACAAGUUUGUCUUGAUAACACCACUUAUCUGCGUGUGGAUUGUAAUUGUUUUUGCUUUCUUUGCUCUAGAGAUUCUGUAACUUAAGAUUUCACAGAAUUCUUUUGUAUUUGGAUGGAAAGUAGUUCUUAAAAUUUGUUGUAUAUUCA